GUGGAAGGAAAAGCGACGAGAAAAGGAUGAGGGAAGGGGUGAACGAGAAAGGGAGGGGAAGGAGGAGUGGAAAAGGCAAUGCUUACUAGAUGUGAAGUCUGAAAUUGCAUUAAGGAGUUAUUGCAGAAUCUGCCUUUUGCUUGAGAUCCUGGUGUGAACAAAAGGCUGCUGCAUGCACUGAGCAUCCCUCUACUGCAAUCAAACAUCUCAUAUCUGGAUCUGCUGCUUGGACACAAAGUGCACCUUUUUCUUCCUAUUUUUUCCUGGGUGGGAUGACCAGAGCACCAAAAGAAGAUCUCCUAAGCAUAGUAGAAUGCAGAGGUGUCUGACUGGAGAACGCAUAAAUCAUGCCCACUGGUUGAUACUUGAUGCAUGAAGAGGAUUGGACUGUUGCAUUUCAUUAAUUACAAAGAACAUCCAAGUGCAAAAUAAAUCACAGUGAAGAUAUAUUCUUUUUAAUAUUUAUAGUGUGGGAAGGUUGCUACAGAUCAAAGAAUCAAUCUGCAUUUAAUUCUGUGUUUUGGGGAAGCUUGAAUUAUAGGACACUCUGGGAAAAAAAUAUCUAUUUUUUUUUUUUUUACUCCUUUAAAUUGAGGAGUUUGGGCUCUACAUGAAGACGGAUUUAGAAAACUCAGGGGUGAUCCCAAGAAAAAUGAUGGAUUUAUUAACAGAAGCAUCUCUGUAACAUCCCUCCCCGUGUAUGUGAUCUAAUGAAAUUGCAGAAAAUGCUCAGCAUGAGAAUGGUAAGGUAACAAAAGUCUGGAUUUGGGGCAUCAGAAUUUUUUUAUUUAAUUUUUUUGGAUCCAAGAAAAAAAAAGGGGAAGAAGAAAUAAAAUUUAAAAAAAAGCAACAACAUGCAGAACUGCACUGGGCUGUGAUUGGAAAUUUAAUCAGAUCUUUGGAAACAGAAAGUUUUUUUUUUUCUGGGAUUUAAUAAGUGUGAGGGGUGGUGAGACAAAUCGCUUGAAUGAUGUUACAAAGAGAGGCUGUGGGGUAAUAAUGAACAGUUCUGGUACAUUAUGGACCAGGGAUGGAUUGGAUUGCUAAGAGAAACGAAGGUAAAGGCGUGGGAUCUGACUAAGGAUCUUCUUAUCACCCCCCAUCAUUCUCCACCACAUGUUGAAGGACCUACUGCUUGUUGAAGGUACCUGCUCAGGAUUUCAGCACCAUGGCCAGCGAAAAGUUUGAAGAGGGAACGAAGAAGAGGAUAAUUCAGGCUGGAUGUUUCCUGUCUGCCUCUCUCUUUUUGUGCAAAUCAGUGUGAAAUUAGGCUUAAGUUGCAGGCAGAGUUUGCAUGAACACGUUGGGCUGGAUUGAUCCUGGGUUGAGGGAAAACCAAUGCAACUGGAGUGUAUCUUCUGGUGUGUGUGCAAUUUUUUUAUCCUUCACAUCUUAUGGAAAACCUGGGAUUCCUUCUGGAUCGCCGGCUAGUAAUCUGACACAACUACUGGAAAUCCUGAAGGACCAAACACAAACAAAUUAUGAAUGUUGAACAAGAUGACAUUACACCCACAGCAGAUAAUGAUAGGUCCUAGGUUCAACAGGGCCCUAUUUGACCCCCUUUUUAUUGUGCUUCUGGCUCUUAAACUUCUUGUGGUGGCUGGCUUAGUAAGAGCUCAGACCUGUCCUUCUGUAUGUUCCUGUAGUAACCAAUUCAGCAAGGUCAUUUGCACAAGGAGGAACCUACGAGAGGUCCCAGAUGGUAUAUCCACUAACACAAGACAGUUAAAUCUCCAUGAAAAUCAGAUCCAGAUAAUAAAAGUGGACAGCUUUAAACACUUACGGCACUUAGAAGUUUUACAGUUGAGUAGAAACCAUAUUAGGACGAUUGAAAUUGGGGCCUUCAAUGGCUUGGCAAACUUGAAUACAUUGGAACUUUUUGACAAUCGUCUGACUACCAUCCCAAAUGGAGCUUUUGAAUACUUGUCAAAACUGAAGGAGCUUUGGCUGAGAAACAAUCCUAUUGAGAGUAUCCCAUCCUAUGCUUUUAAUCGGAUCCCUUCACUUCGCAGACUGGAUUUGGGAGAGAUGAAACGCUUAUCAUAUAUUUCCGAAGGAGCAUUUGAAGGCUUGUCAAAUUUAAAGUAUUUAAACCUUGGGAUGUGCAACCUAAGAGAAAUUCCCAACCUUACCCCUCUUGUAAAACUAGAUGAGUUAGACCUUUCUGGAAAUCACUUGUCUGUUCUCAGGCCAGGAUCAUUCCAAGGAUUAACCCAUCUGCAAAAACUGUGGAUUAUGCAUUCCCAAAUUCAGGUGAUUGAAAGGAAUGCCUUUGAUGACCUUCAAUCACUGGUGGAACUCAAUCUGGCACAUAAUAAUCUAACUUUGUUGCCUCAUGACCUUUUCACACCUCUUCAUAACUUGCAAAGGAUUCAGUUGCACCAUAAUCCUUGGAACUGCAAUUGUGACAUUCUUUGGCUUAGCUGGUGGCUCAAAGAAAUUGUCACCACUGGCAGCACAUGUUGUGCUCGUUGUAGCACUCCACUCAGCUUGAAAGGAACUCAUAUUGCAGAAUUGGAUCAGAAUUAUUUUACAUGUUAUGCACCUGUGAUUUUGGAGCCACCGGCUGAUUUGAAUGUCACAGAAGGAAUGGCUGCUGAGCUCAAAUGUCGAGCGUCAACAUCAUUGACUUACGUUAGCUGGAUUACUCCAAAUGGAUCCAUUAUGACCCAUGGGGCUUACAAAGUGCGUAUUUCAGUGCUGAAUGAUGGCACAUUGAACUUUACAAAUGUAACAGUGCGUGAUACGGGCUUGUACACAUGUAUAGUGAGCAAUUCCGCUGGGAACACCACUGCCUCAGCAACACUGAAUGUGACUGCCAGCGAUAAUGGUUAUACAUACUUUUCCACAGUCACUGUAGAGACUAUGGAACCAUCUCAGGAUGAGGCAAGGACCACAGAACAUAAUGUGGGACCAACGCCGGUCAUUGAAUGGGAAACCACUAAUGCAACCACUUCUCUCAUGCCACAGAGCACAAGGUCUACAGAGAAAACCUUUACUAUACCCAUUACAGAAGCAAACGGUGGAAUGCCAGGGAUAGAUGAGGUUAUGAAGACUACCAAAAUUAUAAUUGGCUGUUUUGUGGCCAUCACUCUCAUGGCAGCUGUAAUGCUGGUCAUUUUCUACAAAAUGAGGAAGCAGCAUCAUCGGAAAAACCAUCAUGCUCCUACACGGACUGUUGAGAUUAUAAAUGUGGAUGAUGAACUCACAGCUGACACUCCAAUUGAGAGCCACUUGCCCAUGCCCGCUAUUGAACAUGAGCAUCUAAACCACUAUAACUCUUACAAGUCCCCUUUUAAUCACACAACAACAGUGAACACAAUAAAUUCAAUACACGGCUCUGUGCAUGAACCUUUAUUGAUUCGAGCAAGCUCUAAAGACAAUGUGCAAGAAACGCAGAUCUGAUAGUCUACAGUGCACCAGAUUAUGAGCAAAAACAGACAAUUUAUAAAAGGAUGAAACUGACUGGGCUAAAUCUACUG